AUGAACUUGGAGCCGGGCGAGUGCGGGAUGAACUCGGUGAGCUGCGGCAACGGGAAACUCCGCCAGUGGCUGAUCGACCAGAUAGAUAGCGGCAAGUACCCGGGGCUGGUGUGGGAGAACGACGAGAAGAGCAUCUUCCGCAUCCCCUGGAAGCACGCCGGCAAGCAGGACUACAACCGCGAGGAGGAUGCUGCUCUCUUCAAGGCUUGGGCUCUUUUUAAAGGAAAGUUCAGAGAGGGCAUUGAUAAACCAGAUCCCCCUACCUGGAAGACAAGAUUAAGGUGUGCUUUGAACAAGAGCAAUGACUUUGAAGAGCUGGUGGAGAGAAGCCAGCUGGACAUCUCAGAUCCCUAUAAAGUGUACAGAAUAGUGCCAGAAGGAGCUAAAAAAGGUGCAAAACAGAUCAGCAUGGAGGAGCAACCAUUAAUGAUGAACCAUCCCUUCCCAAUAACAUCUCCUUACACUUCACUACCAUCCCAGGUACCGAACUACAUGGUGCCCCAUGAGCGCAACUGGAGAGAGUUCGCCCCGGAGCAGCCGCACCCUGACAUUCCCUACCAGUGCGCCAGCGUCCCCUUCACAGCUCGCGGUCAUCACUGGCAGGCGCCCGGCUGUGAAAAUGGUUGUCAGGUGACAGGAACCUUUUAUGCUUGUGCCCCUCCCGAGUCCCAGACUCCUGGCAUCCCGAUUGAGCCAAGCAUAAGGUCUGGUGAAGCCCUCGCCCUGUCAGAUUGUCGACUCCACAUCUGCUUAUAUUACCGUGAAAUACUGGUAAAGGAGGUGACAACUUCUAGUCCUGAAGGCUGUAGGAUAUCCCAGGGCCAAAGUUAUGAGGUCAGCAGCCUGGAGCAAGUUAUCUUCCCCUAUCCAGAGGACAACGGCCAGAGGAAGAACAUAGAAAAGCUACUGAGCCACUUGGAGCGGGGAGUAAUACUGUGGAUGGCACCUGAUGGCCUCUACGCUAAGAGACUUUGCCAAAGCAGGAUCUACUGGGACGGGCCUCUGGCGCUCUGCAGUGACCGACCCAACAAGCUGGAGCGGGAUCAAACAUGCAAGCUCUUUGAUACUCAGCAGUUUUUAGCAGAGCUUCAAGCCUUUGCUCAUCAUGGACGUCCACUGCCAAGAUACCAGGUUGCUCUGUGCUUUGGGGAGGAAUUUCCAGAUCCACAGAGGCAGCGGAAACUAAUUACAGCCCAUGUUGAACCAAUGUUUGCCAGGCAGCUGUAUUACUUUGCUCAACAAAACAGUGGACAUCUUCUGAGAGGCUAUGAUUUGCCAGAACUUGUGACUAGUCCAGAGGAUUAUCACAGAUCUAUUCGCCAUUCCUCUAUUCAAGAAUAA